AUGAGCGUGCCCACAGCCACACCCACAGUUGCCUUCACCACCCCUCCAAACUACGCCGCCAGGCUGGCCCACCUCCUCGCCCUCAAAGGAUUCAACCCUAUCUCCUCUCCCACGCUCAUCGUCCAGCCCACCCCAUCCACCAUCUCCGCUCUCAAACCCUACCUCUCGCCACCCCCUUCCCUCGACCUCUUCUCCGCCAUCGCCUUCCCUUCACGCACCGCAAUCACCGCCCUUUCUGCCGCCGCCGCAGACAUCAAUCACCCUCUCCUGUCGCCGUACGGCGAUGCAUUCAUUAUCGCCGCGUUGGGCAAGGACGCCGAGCUCAUGGACGACAACUUCGUCCAUAAGCUCUGUUCAAAUCCUAACCGGGUUAGAAUUUUAGUCCCUCCGACUGCGACUCCGAGCGGCUUAGUUGAAGCACUAGGAGACGGACGCAAUCGGAGGGUGUUGUGUCCAGUCCCGGUCGUGGUGGGACUGGUUGAGCCUCCUGUGGUCCCCGAUUUUCUCCGAGACUUGGAGGCCAAGCGUUGGGUUCCGGUUAGGGUUAAUGCGUACGAGACGCGGUGGGCCGGGCCGGGGUGCGCUAAGCAAGUGGUGGAGAGGAUUGAGGAAGGAGCGUUGGAUGCGAUGGUGUUCACGAGCACUGCGGAGGUGGAGGGCUUACUGAAGAGCUUCAAGGAGUUUGGGCUGGAUUGGGAGAUUGCCAAGAAGAGGUGUCCCAAGAUGUUGGUUGCGGCCCACGGGCCCAUCACGGCGGCUGGGGCCCACAGGCUUGGGGUUAGAGUUGAUUUGGCGAGCUCUCAAUUUGAUAGCUUUCAAGGCGUCGUUGAUGCUUUACACACUGAGAUUUCAAGGCUGAGUUAG